GUUGCAUGCGCACACAUUCACAUUCACUUAAAAACUGCUGGCAGCUCCUGAUGGCUCUCCAGAAGACGCCAGGAAUCCACCGAAGCAACACGCGCCUGCACAUGCAGUCUAUUCUUAAAUUCUGUUAGAGCUCGUGUUGAUGAAAAGGCUAUCUUUGGUCUGAAUCGUAAUGGUGUAAUGCUCGAGGGCUCGCGCAGUGAUACGUUAUUAAUGUAGUUACACAGUGGGAUAUCAUACGUUGUUGCGCAACCAUCAGCCAGUCUAACUGAAUCUAUAGUUGCGGUGUCAGUUGAUCAGUAGAAAUGAGGAACCCGCAUCUUCUCAGCGACGGGUGGAAGAUCAACGGAAAGGAUGCAUCGGGGAAUAAGAAAUUCAAGAGAAAGGGACGUGAUCCUAAACGUGUCAGCGAGGUCAAAAGUUUCAAUAACGAUUCUAGAACGGACGAGGACUCUAUGGGUGAACUGAUGGAGGAGUCGUUCCGAUCCAGCUCACUGCACGGUGCGGCUCUUUCGCUGGCCUCAUCCCUGGGCUCAUCAGGUAGUCAGAACGUGGCUAUAGAUAUGAGGAUUAACGCAGUUCCAACCAUCACCGGGACUCCCCCUGCUGCCCCGCCGCAGCCCGGAGCCGAGCCCGCACACAGGGACAGUUUCCACCCAACAUUUCCUCAGGUCACGGCGUAUGAUCAUCAGUCGUACGGCUCAGAGCACACUGUACAGUCCCGGAUUGUUUUGUGCCAGCCGCGCUCUGAGCGGUCCCUGUCCGCCGCCUCGCAGGCGCCUUUCAGUAACAACACUGGCGAGGAGUCGCCAAGGAGACGGCCGGGGGAGUCGUCUGGCGUCGUGACCGAGAUCAAAGCCAUCCAACAGACACGGAGGCUACUAGCGAACGCCAGAGAGAGGACCCGCGUGCAUACCAUCAGUGCGGCCUUUGAGGCGCUCAGAAAGCAGGUGCCGUGCUACUCCUACGGCCAGAAGCUGUCCAAACUGGCCAUCCUGAGGAUCGCCUGCAACUACAUCCUGUCCCUGGCCCAGCUGGCCCAGCUGGACCUCAGCCCAGAGCACGGCAGCAUCAGCUUCAGGGAGUGCGUGGAGCAGUGCACUAGGACCCUGCAGGCCGAGGGACGCUCCAAGAAGAGGAAGGAGUGAGUUCUCCAAAGCUCAGAAGAGACAGGUCGAGGAAGAAGAGGACAAUCAUCCCAUUGACAGGAACCUGAGGUGAUCACCCUCCUCCUUCUCCUCCUCCUCCACUGCUGCAGGUCUUCCUCACGGCAACCCUGCAGGUGAAUAUCCCCUCAGAAGGCAGUUAAGUCCCAGGCCUGGUCAACCAGACCUAUCACCACACUUGUCUUUCAUCAAAUGAACUCAGGAGGGUUUAUCAGGCUGGCUGAAAGUCAGGACACCAAACUUCUGGUCCUCCAGGCAUACAAGAGCCUGUUUCUUUUCACUGUAUCCCAAGAUGAAGAGAGGCUCGCUGGGUUGCUGGCUGCCUUUCUGUCUGCCUGACAACUUGGAGCCUGGAGCCAGACAGCACGGACAAUGGGAAAUAAUAUGGAACUGUUCUCUCUUCCCGAUGUGGAUGGAGGGUUAUAAGUUUAAAAGUGGCAGAACAGGACUGCAAAUAUCCUUGUGGUUCAACUUCAGUUAGACAAAGACUACAAAUCCCAUUUAGCUGGACUUGACAUCCUAGUGCCUUUUCGUAGUCUUUAAUAUUUUCUUGGCAGAAUGCAUUUAUCUUUGCUACUUGAUGGAAUGUACAAGUCAUAUAACAUAUACUGUAUUGGUUGGAACAUACAUGGAAUUGUAUAGAGAUGUAUGACAUUACUAUAUGAAAUUAGGAUAUCUGAGAAUGUCUAACUGGACAGUUUUGUUAGACACAGGAGUAAGAAUACUUUAUUAUGCUUUAGUGUUAAACAAGCUCCUUUCUGUCUAUAAGCCUGCAGCUUGUGUCCUGGUAAAAGGCACUUUAAAACUCCAAUAAAGGAAGAGAUUUUAACUUAUUUCAGUGAAUUUGUGCCACUUGAAAAAGAGACCUAAAAUCAAUGUCCCCAAAAGCAGCACUUUACAAUAAUGUAAUUUGACCUAGAACAUUUCUGUAGCUCAUAAUAUCAUAGUGACUUAACAAUGAACAUGACUGUUGAGUGUGACUGAUUUUGCUCAAAAUAUCUGCUUCAUCAGUACAAAAUGUUUUCCAAUUCAUAGAAGCCUCAAACAGGCCUACCAGGCGGCAUUUGCUCUUCCAGAGACAACUUACGACCAGAUCUAACAACAGGAGCUUGGUCUUUUGGUCCCACAGCGUUCAGUCGAGCUCACAGGCGGAGAAAGGGUGUGUGUGUGUGGGGGGGGGGAGGGGGGGUUGCGUGUUUUCCACCGCUGCUGCAGCCGAGUCCUGGACGCCAUUCAGCUUUUUACAGCCCAGCAAACGAGGGCUGGAGCCGUGCAGGAAACACUAGUAUCCUGUAUACACAACGGCUGUCUGCUGGAAACAGGCCGCAGCGCCGCUGGUGAGCUAGCCGUCAGU